UUUCUCAACUCGUUUUCUCUUAUUUGAUGAAUAUGUUUUGCAGAGUGGCCGGACAGGCAAAGCUGCUGAUUCUGUGCUGCAUGCUCAGUUCUGCUCAUGGGACGAAUCCACUAUGGUUCCAGAACAUCUCCACAAAUCUCUUCAAGUCUCCUGGAGAUAUUCUACUUGGUGGACUUUUUCCUAUCAACCAACUGACCAGCAACCUGACCGAGAGAGUGGAACCGGACGAUAUUCAAUGCGAAAGUGUUGAUCAGUAUGGCCUUGCACUAGCACUAGUGAUGAAGUACACGAUAGACGAGAUCAACGCUACGCCCGACCUCCUUCCUAACAUGACGCUGGGUUUCGAGAACUAUGAUGACUGCGGACAGUCGGGGAUCAUCAUGAAGCCCACACUGCGGUUCUUCACCACGGCCGUCUCAGACGACGUGGACGUCAUGUGUAACUACACCGAGUACAUGACCAGAGUUCACGCGGUCAUCGGCCCAUACAGCUCUGAGAUGGCUGGGGUCAUUAGUCAGCUAGUCAGCUUUUUCUUGAUGCCACAGAUCAGCUACGGAGCCAGCAGUGACGGGUUCAGUGACAAGCUGACGUACCCGUCGUUUAUGCGCACUGUCCCCAGUGACAGAUGGCAGGCCAUGGCCAUAGUAGAGCUGCUGCAGGUGUUCGGCUGGAACUGGGUGGCAGUGAUCGGCAGUGAUGAGACUUACGGCAAACAGGGUCAACAGCAGGUAUCCCAGAAUGCCGCCAACGGAGGCAUUUGUGUAGCCUACGAAGGGUUGAUACCAGUCUACGAAGACCCGGUGCCCAUUAUAUCAGAGAUCCUGGAUGGCAUAGUGGAGGCCAAAGUGGGCGUCGUGGUGGUGUUCGCAUCCUCCCAAGCAAGUGCCGCCUUCUUCAAAGAGGUAAUCAGGAGGAACAUGACAGGAGUCUGGCUUGCUAGCACGGCAUGGGCUGUACACAGCAGCAUCGUCACCCUGCCUGGCAUUCAGACCAUUGGUACCGUGCUGGGCUUCACCGCCACGACCCAACCCAUCAGCCUGCUCAGCCCAUACGUACAGGAGCUUUUCACCAAGAUGGCGCAAGAGCGACUCCAAAUGCAAAUCACACAGCCGGAUCCUGACAUCUCCCCUCUGGAGAACCCAUGUCCAAGCUGCUGGAAUCUUUCUCCUGCAAACGUGAGCAUCGUCGAAACAGAGCUGGUGCGUCGCACUGCCUUCAGCGUCUACACUGCCGUCUACAGCGUGGCCCAGGCCCUACAUAACAUGCUCAACUGUAGCGCAGCCGGGUGCACCAGAGAUCCCAAGACCGAAAAUAUUUAUCCCUGGCAGUUGUUGCCAUGGGUACAGAAGGUUUCUAUGACACUGAAUGGAACACAAAUCAACUUUGACACAGCGGGAAACCCAAAUAUCGGCUACGAUUUGUUAGCAUGGGUCUUUCAGAACAACAGUGUGACCUUCCAAAACAUCGGGACCUACGUCCAGAACCUGACGAUGGAUAAGAAUCUAAUAAAAUGGCACACGAAAAAUAAUAUGGUCCCUACGUCUACAUGCUCCUCAGACUGUCUAUCAGGACAAGUGCGCAUAGUUAAAGGAUUUUAUUCCUGCUGCUUUGACUGCAGUGACUGUUUAGAUGGAACUUACCAAAACAGAACAGACGAUAUCCAAUGCACCAAAUGUCCUCCACGCCAGUGGUCCACGUUCCGCAGUACUAGCUGCGUCUUCCCCACCUACGAAUACCUGGCUUGGUCAUCUUUUGAAUCGGUAGCCCUGAUACUGGCUGGACUUCUGCUGCUGUCCUGUCAGGCAGCAAUGGGCAUCCUGUUCUUCCAACACAGAGGGACGCCACUCCUGAAAGCAUUGGGAGGACCUCUGUGUGGCUUGGGUCUGCUGAGUCUGAUGGGAAGCUGUAUAAGUCUGGUGCUGUACCUGGGUCAGCCGAAUGAUGUCAUUUGCCGUAUUCAGAUACUUCUGUAUAUCAUGUUCCCCACUGUAGCCCUGUCCACCCUCCUGGCCAUCUCCAUGCAGAUUGUUUAUGUGUGCGAGUUCCCUGAAAAAGCUCCAGAGAACAUGGAGAACCUGCAAGGCCUUGGCAGCUGGAGUCUGGUGCUAGCGUGUUGUGGCGUCCAAUCAGGGCUCGUUGGCUGGUUUAUCAUUGAAGGACCUUCGCUUACCAUGUGGGUAGACAGUCUGGAAGUGGAUUUUGUGAAGCGUUUCCUGCCCUGCCCUGUCGAGCCCAUACUGAACUUUGGACUCAUGCUGGGUUUCAAUGGCCUUCUGGCCUUGAUCUGCUUCAUGUGCACCUUCAUGGCGCCAAAGCCAGUCAGGCAGUAUAACUUUGCUAGAGACAUUACCAUCGCCAGCCUUAUCUACUGUGUAAUAUGGGUCAUAUUUAUCCCAAUCUAUGCCGGCCUGGGUGAUAAAGAGAAGACGAUCGCUCAAGUAGUGUUCAAUUUGAUUAGCAAUACAGCACUCACGGUCAGUUAUUACCUUCCAAAGUGUCACCUCCUAAUCAAGGAGCCAGACCUCAACAAAAACGAAUAUUUCGCCUCGAUCUUAGAGGGAAUCCCCCCGAUACCACCUGAGGAGCCACCACAAGAUAAAAAUAAGCCAGAUAAUAAAAAUGAUGAUAAAGAGGGGGAUAAAAAUGAGGAUAAAGAGGAAACUAAAGAGGACAGUAAGGAGGAAAAUAAAGAGGAUAACAGUUAACCAUGUCGGCCUGUUGUGUAAGUGAUAGGCAUUUAGGCAGGGGUGGAAAACACAGACAAAUUAUACUCAUAAUCUUACUCAAUUAAAAGUGGAAGUAUCCAGCCAAAAAGGGAAAAAAAGUUGCUACUUUUAAACAUACGUAAGAAAGUAAAUGUUUUUAACUGAUGAAAUUAAGCAAUGUCAUGUUUCUUGUGAAAACUAACUUUUAUUACUUAUCUAUAACUGUUAUAAGCAACUAUAGGGGUUUUAAAAUAGGCUAAUUUAAGUUAAAUAUAGCCAGCCAACGUUAGUAAAUCAGGUACAUUUACCUCAACGUGCCUUUUCAAAUGAGAUGACGUUCACAUCUCUAUGGAGGUAAAGAAGACGCCUCAUUUUAUACGGCUCUUUACAUACUGUAGCACUUAUGAACGUCCUCUGUGAUUCAGACCACGUGGUUUGAGAUGGCAGUGGUACCUCACUGGUUUAGACACUGGACAUUGGACUGCUGACCUGAAGGUCAUGAGUUCAAAUCCCACCACCACCAAGCUGCCACUGUUGGGCCCUUGAGCAACGCCCUUAACCAUCAACUGCUCAGUUGUAUAAAUGAGAUAUAUGUAAGUUGCGAUGGAUAAGGGUGUCUGCCAAAUGCCAGAAAUGAAAUGUAAUGAAAUGUAAUGAAACCUUUUACUGAUGUAGGGCCAGGAGCACUCAUCCUCAAGUUCCUCACUGCAGACCAGUGGCUUAUCCAUCUUCACACAGAUAGCGAUAGCAUUAACUACAUUGCAUAGCAUGAGAAGGAUGACGAAUUGACACAAUUUUGAUUGUUUUUUCUACACUGAUAGACUUAGGAUUGGUGCUGGAGUCUGUUUGAUUGACAUACAGUGUGCUUUAUUAGCUGGAUGAGAGAAGAAGAGCCUGGAAUUUGUAAUGAGUAACUACUUAAAGUAAAAAAGUAGGCUAUGUUUUACUCUUAAAUAAGUAAGAAUAUAAGCAUUCAGUAAUAGUCAAGUGAAGCAUAAAUACACCAGUAAUACUUUAAGUAAGGAAGGACUAUUUUCCGCCCCUGAAUCUAGGCUAACCAAACUUUAAUGCUAACACAGGCACUGUGUAUAUAUAAAUCAGUGUAUAUACUAUAUACACAUACAUUUAUACAAGAAUUAUCUAUGUUAUCUCUGUAACUGUUCGGUCAGUUUAUUAUAAAUAAAGUGAAAUUAA